CUGGUAUAAGGUGGGUUAUUUCGCUGAGGAUCCUGGGUACAUAGCUCAAUAGUAAUGCAGCGAAGAGGACUUUAAACACACAUGCAUCGCAACAACACAGGGACGAGAGAAAACGGAGAACACACAUUGUUGCGCUGGAUUUUACGGGUCUCUCUGUACACUGUAAAUACGCUUAGUUUAGUUACAUUGUAUUCACAUAAUCGCUUCUGUAACCUACCCCAUUGAUAUGACCCCGUCCUGUUUCGCUUGUUUGGGGAGAGAGAGUACAACAACAGGAAUGAAUUCUAGUUACGCUGUUCUGAUCCCCUCGAGUCGGUUUACCGGGAAAUGGUAACGUUUGCACCGCAUUGGAAGGACCAUGGUUGAGGCGAGCAGCAAAUUUCUCCUAAUUGUAGUCGGCUCCGUCUGUUUUAUGCUGAUCUUAUAUCAAUACGUCGCGCCCGGGGUUAUCAAUUUCGGCUCACCACACGGAUAUUUCACUGAGGAGGACGAUGGUGGGGACAUUUUCCCUUCCCCUGACCCGCACUACGUCAAGAAAUACUACUUCCCAGUCCGGGAUUUGGAGCGAACGGUGGAAUUUGAAAUCAAAGGAGAAGACGUGAUCGUUUUUUUACACAUUCAGAAGACAGGAGGGACAACGUUCGGGAGACACCUGGUUCAGAAUGUGAGGUUGGAGGUUCCGUGUGACUGUAGACCGGGUCAGAAGAAGUGUACCUGUUAUCGACCCAACCGAAAAGAGACCUGGUUAUUCUCCCGGUUCUCCACCGGUUGGAGUUGUGGCUUACACGCGGACUGGACCGAGCUAAAGAAUUGUGUUCCUGGAGUUCUAGAUAAAAAGGAGACCAAGAUGAAAAAUGAAAGGAAAUUCUACUACAUAACCCUCUUAAGGGACCCAGUGUCUCGGUACCUCAGCGAAUGGAGACACGUCCAGAGGGGCGCGACGUGGAAGACCUCAUUACACAUGUGUGACGGACGAACCCCUACGCCGGAGGAACUACCAGCCUGCUACGAGGGUUCUGAUUGGUCAGGAUGUACCUUGCAGCAGUUCAUGGACUGUCCUUAUAACCUGGCCAAUAACAGACAGGUUCGUAUGCUAGCGGACCUGAGCCUGGUAGGCUGCUACAACAUGUCUACAGUCCCAGAGCAGAGGCGUUCUCAGCUGUUAUUAGACUCUGCUAAGAAGAACCUGAGGGACAUGGCCUUCUUUGGCCUGACAGAGUACCAGAGGAAAACCCAGUUCCUGUUUGAGCGCACCUUCAGACUGAGGUUCAUACGCCCCUUUAUGCAGUACAACAGCACCAGAGCGGCCGGAGUGGAUUUGGACAACACUACGGUGCAGCACAUCGAGGAGCUGAAUGAGCUUGACAUGGCGCUGUAUGAUUAUGCCAGAGACCUGUUCCAGCAGAGAUACCAGUACACCAGGCAGCAGGAACGACGGCUACAACGACUCAGGACCCACAACCAGAAUCACAACGGUCAGAGGUUAGGGGUCGAGGGUCAAGGACUGGGAGUGGGCCUGUGGCCUUCUAGAUCCAAACUAAACCCUGAACCAGGGGAGGGAGAAGUGGACCCAGAAGAAGGGGGGAGAACAGAGGAGGUGGGAGGGAGGAUAUCGACGGAAGACUAUAUGAACCAGAUAAUUAAUCGUUGGUAAUGCACACACACUCAUCGGAGGUUAGAGGUCAGGAGUGAAAGUGUAUAGGGUAGUUCUGGAGACUGAAGUAGAGGAAUGGAUUGAAUGUCGCUGACAACCGACUUUCAUCGUUCCCUCUCUCUCGCUCUCCCUCGCCUCCUCUCUCCCUCUUUGUCUCUCUGGUACCCCACGUAAAGUGCACGGUGAAAAAAACUAUAGUGGGGAAACUCCCAGAAAUCCCUUGCAAAGGACCUCUUUACUUCCUGGAUGUAUAGCUCCAAUCCGAGAGCAUAGCUUUGAACCAUUGGACAGAAAGUUUUCCAUUGGCUGAGCUGAACCAAGAAAAUGAAAAUGUAAUAUUUACAGAAAAAAAGAAUACGUAAAGCAAGAGUUGGACAAUGUAUAAAAAGCUUUUUGCUUGGAAAUCAGCCACCAUUUCAGACAUGGGCGGCAGGUAGCCUAAUGGUUAGAGUGUUGGACUAGUAACCAAUUGGUUGCAAGAUCGAAUCCCUAAGCUGACAAGGUAAAAAUCUGUCGUUCUGCCCCUGAACAAGGCAGUUAACCCACUGUUCCUAGGCCAUCAUUGAAAAUAAGAAUUUGUUCUUAACUGACUUGCCUAGUUAAAUCAAGGUAAUAUAAAUAAAUGAACAUGUGUCUUAAUGACGCAAUUCUCAUUUUAGAACUACUAUGUUUAUUAUUAUAUCGUUUUUAUGUGUUUUUUUUAAAGCAGCAUUGUAAUGACACUGAGACCAAUGUUACUGCCUAAAGAAACAAGUGAUUCUUUUAUUUGUAUGUUUUUUAAAGGAAAUGUAACCGAUAGAUGGACGUACCGUGGACCAUAGCCAUUAUUUCAACAUUAUGGGGACAUUAUGCAUAUAUGUGUGUAGACAACUGCGUAACAAUCCAUCCAAAUGACAUCCUAUUCCCUUUUGUGGGGCACUACUUCCAUUCCAACACCCUAUUAUUCCGUGUGUAGUGCGCUACUUCUGACACCCUAUUCCCUAUACAGUGCACUACAUGUUAUCAGAGCCCUAUGUGGCCCUAUAAGGAAUAGGGUGUAGUUUGAGACGUGGCCAUGGAUGUGAUGAAUGUUAGAGCUGAUCUGAUGCAGUGUAAAUGGAACUGAGCCCAACCCUACUUCUGAUUGGUAGUUAGUGCCUCUCAGGACAGGCAUGAUGACUAUUAGACCUGAUAUUUCAGGCUCACACAACUUUUCUGACUACUUUUCCACUGUGUUUCUGUGUGUGUCUGUCUGUGUGCACAUACACAUGUAAAUAGUGUAAAUAGUGUGUCUGCAUUUGUAAAUAUCCUGUGUGAUUGUGUGUGAGAUAGAGAGAAUUGCAGUAGCAUUGCUGUGUGAUUGACUUGCUAUAUGACCGAUCUCUUGCCAUAGUGUCAGAGGGCUGAAUGGGAACCCUUUUCAUUUAUUCUUAACAUGGAGGGAGAGACACACGCACACAGAGACAAAUGCUUGAGGUAGACGUUUCCUUUAACCGUAGGUCACCUUGAUAUCUGACUCUGUAUCACUCCCACUCCCAUGUCCAAAAUAACACACACACAUUAUUAUGUCAACUACAGCACUACUCAGCGAUGGUAACGCUUUUGGAGUCCCUCAAACUGAAAUUAUACCAGGUCAUACUGCUAUAAACUUUCUUUACAAUCAUAUCGCUUACACUAGUGUCUUAAAUAUUUCUGUUGAAUGAAAUUGAAUAGUUUCCAUCACAAACGUUUACUUCCUGUGUGUCUCAACUUGUUCUUUGAAUGUUCUGCCGAUGGUGUCCCGUUCCCACUAUCAGUGUCAUUCAGGAAAUGAUCUUAUGAUUGCAAUAACGGAUCAUCAAACCACCAAUUAAAAUAUUCAAUUUUUGUAAAAACUG